CAAUUGUAUCCGUUUUUAUUUCAGAUAAAUUAUGUACAGUGAAAUAUUAUUACGCGCAGGUCGGGGAAUGAAAACCAUUGUUAAUAAUUUUAAUAUUCCCGUCUCAGGUUUAAUCAUGAUGCACCCCGCCAACGAUUUGUGGACAGGGAGCGCGCUGAUGCACGAGCAUGAUCACGGGCCUCCCGGAAAUAUCCUCGUAAAUUUUGUUCUGAAAGAUGGUACAUUGAAACAAACAAAGGCACGAGAGGGAGAAAAUGCACUAAGGUUAGCUCAGAGAUAUGAUAUUCCUCUGGAGGGUGCAUGUGAGGCUAGUCUUGCUUGUACAACGUGUCAUUGCUAUGUGGAGGGAGAAGAGUUCUUUAACAGACUCCCUGAAGCCACAGAUGAAGAGGAAGACCUAUUAGAUCAAGCACCAUUUCUUGAGAUAAACUCACGGCUCGGCUGUCAAAUAAUUAUAACCAAGGAUUUAGGAAACAAAUCAAUCCAUCAAUCAUUGAAUCCUGAGAUUUUAAAGCUUAAGAUUACUUUCAAAUGUUCUUUGAUAUAAAUUUUCAUAUUUUUA